UUAAUUUUUUAUGAAUUGUACAAAAUAGCCCUUGGCAGCCAUUACUGAUCGACUUCGUAUCCAAAUCGUGUAUCUCGCUGCCCACUUAUAAGUCAAGUUCCUACCAGUAUCCGUAAUCUUACCGAUGGAGUCGAACACAUCGGCAUCGAGAUCACAAUUCCUUGGAUCGUUGUGAGUAAGCAGUUGAAUGUCGUUGGCCUUUGCAUAUUCCACCAAUUCCGCCGGUACCGGACUUUGUUUAGGUACAUGCGAGGGAACGAAUAUUAUAUCAUGUGGCGCUGUCAUAGCUCGCCACAUUCCUUGCAGAAGAAACCUGGUAGGAAUGAACCCAUCCUUCGCAAUCGAAUGAUAUCAUUCCAUUAG